AUGAAUGCGCAUAAUCUCAUUCCAGCAUUCCUUACACUCAAAACUCGAGCACCACUGACCGCUGGAAGUAAUUGGACGCUUUGGAUUAAGUACACUGGAUUUGUGUGGGGCGUACCAAGUAAGGGUGUGUACACAAAUACCAACUACUUUGAAUUCAAUAACAAAAAAGCAUGGAUAUUUUCGACAUACUUCGAGUCUGGUCCAAGUGCACGUUCAUUGGUGCCGUGUUUUGAUGAGCCUGACUAUAAGGCUCGAUGGCAAAUGACACUCGAACAUCCCGCUGAUAUGAUAGCGCUCGGAAAUAUGCCCGAUCAAGGAUUCACUAUUCAAGCAGAUGGAUGGGCCAGAACUAGCUUCCUGCCAACACCACCGAUGUCAAGUUAUCUGUUGGCUAUUGCCUCGGGUCAUUUUGCAUCGUUGGAAGGAGUGUCCGAAACUGGUGUGUUAGUUCGUUUAUGGUCUUGGACCGGCAUGGAGAUUUAUGCUGGAACUGCUCUGAAGGUUGUUUCAUCACAAGUUGAUUUCAUGUCCACUUAUUUCAAGUUCCCAUAUCCUCUACCGAAACUU